AUGAACCUGCGCAGCGAGGGCAUGCAGCUCGCGCAUCUCAGCGCCUUUAUCAAGGGCGAAUACGUCAGCUCCGACGAACCCCUGCUGCGGGCGGCGAAUCAGAUGAUGCACGAGUUCAUCUUGCCUGUGCUCAAACUCGCCCACGAGAGGAUCCCUAAGGUCUGGCUCUGCCUCGAUCGCACCGUUUGCGUUUCCGUGCACGACUGCAUCCGCUCCGUUGCUAAUAGGCCGUACAGCUACGAGACGAGCGAAAAGACCACGGCCAACGAGCUGAAGUGCUCCGGCAACCGCGCGCAGAGUCUCUCCGCACCUCUCGGCAUCUAUACGGUAGCUGCAGUCACUGGCGCAUUCCGCGCCAUCCAGAGGCCCGAUAACACUGUCAGCCUCGACAUCCCGCCGAACGCACCGUGGGCCGCAGUGCCGGCAAAGGAGGCCGAUGGAAAGAGACAUUACCCCAGAAUCUUCAGCUACCGCCUCAUGCGGCCGCUGCCCGCAGGGGCGUUCGCUCUGCUGGCAUUCGUGCAGGCCUCAACUCCGCACUGCAUAGGGCCGCGCGACCUGCCUGUCAUUCGCCAAAACAUGCCCGACAGGCCGCUGUUCGGCACAGGUGCCGAAGUCAUUGGCAACCCCACCCCUCCCAACACUUAA